AUGACAGAAGGGCACAACAUUCACAACCCCCACCAGGGGCACAACAUUCACAACCCCCACCAGGGGCACAACAUUCACAACCCCCACCAGGGGCACAACAUUCACAACCCCCACCAGGGGCACAACAUUCACAACCCCCACCAGGGGCACAACAUUCACAACCCCCACCAGGGGCACAACAUUCACAACCCCCACCAGGGGCACAACAUUCACAACCCCCACCAGGGGCACAACAUUCACAACCCCCACCAGGGGCACAACAUUCACAACCCCCACCAGGGGCACAACAUUCACAACCCCCACCAGGGGCACAACAUUCACAACCCCCACCAGGGGCACAACAUUCACAACCCCCACCAGGGGCACAACAUUCACAACCCCCACCAGGGGCACAACAUUCACAACCCCCACCAGGGGCACAACAUUCACAACCCUCACCAGAGGCACAACAUUCACAACCCCCACCAGGGGCACAACAUUCACAACCCCCACCAGGGGCACAACAUUCACAACCCCCACCAGGGGCACAACAUUCACAACCCCCACCAGGGGCACAACAUUCACAACCCCCACCAGGGGCACAACAUUCACAACCCCCACCAGGGGCACAACAUUCACAACCCCCACCAGGGGCACAACAUUCACAACCCCCACCAGGGGCACAACAUUCACAACCCCCACCAGGGGCACAACAUUCACAACCCCCACCAGGGGCACAACAUUCACAACCCCCACCAGGGGCACAACAUUCACAACCCCCACCAGGGGCACAACAUUCACAACCCCCACCAGGGGCACAACAUUCACAACCCCCACCAGGGGCACAACAUUCACAACCCUCACCAGAGUUUUAUCAUUGGAAUGUAA